CUACCGCUACAACAAAACAACACAACGCCAACAUGUGCGACUAUACCCAAAGAGAGUACUCUUGCGGCCACUUUCGGUGGAUCGCCUCCAAGUGGUGCCGGGAUUACACCAUGACCCACAAGAGGUGUCAACCGAACGUGACGCACUUCGAGUAUCGGGCGGAAGAGCUAUGCGGCGAGUGCAAGCCAAAGGAGUACCCACCAUGGGAGAACCUGAUUAAGCGCCCCAAGCAGCAGACCUAUUAACUGGAUGGUCUGGUCUGACGUUGGAGGCGGUCAGAUCGGGUGUCUGCGGCGGCUCAUGACAGGAGAAAGAGCACGCAGAGAGAGACAUUCGCACACACACAGUGUGUGAGAGAGAAAGUGGAAGGAAGAGGAUAGGAGAAGAAGAGAGUGUGCCCCGGAAAAGGAUGGGAAGCCGGAGGCACAGAGAAGGGCGAAUUGCAAGCAACGAAGCGGCAACGAGAGCGACGACCGCUCGAAGCUCGGCAUAGGAAAGCCGCCCUUCGCGCGCAAACCAGUUGAGCCUGGGGUAAUGGGGAAUCGCGUCCGAUGCCACUCGUGUGCCCGGCCAGCCAAUGCACACCCACACAGCAACGCUCUUAACGGCCCCAACUUGGGCGCCACGCCGUUUUUCUUUGAGCCCAGAACGACAACCCCUCCUCCCCCCUUCCCCACCCAAAAAAAAGCAUCCGGGGGGCAGGAGAAGAAAGCGAAAACAAGCCUGCACGACUCGACCCCACGCCGGCGCGAUGUGAAAAGGGCAGGCGCGCUGCAUCAUCAACUCAUAUUGCUCCUUCCCUCCCGGUUUGAGCAUUGACUGGCCUGCCUCCAUCCAAAACGCAAUUAUGGCAAACAUGCGAGAAACCCGACUGGUCUUGCGCGCGGGAAAGUGAGAUCGAGCGAGCAAGCAAAGCAAAGCAAAGCUAGCAAGCGCCACCCCCCUGGGUGUUGCUUCUUUCGAUUUGGUUGAGCUCUCUCUGGGCGUGGGGUUGCAUGGGCAAAAACCGCUUUUGUGCGCGAGUGAGUGCCCAAGUGGGGGGAGAAACGGGGACCAUGGAAACACCCACCCUCCACUCUUUUUUACUCGCAAACUUCGCUCCCGACCCCCUUCGACCACGCAACGCUAUCAUCGCCGCUUACCCUCUGUGCCACGCAUCGACUCACUAUCUUCCCCUUUCUUUUUCCUUUCCCCCUUUUUUCCCUUUUUCUGCUUUUAUUGCCACGCUUGGAUACUGAGCGGGGAGCCACAAGCGCGGAGUAAAGUGGAGUUCUUUCGGACAGGAGUUUCGGCCUUUUUUUUUUUUUUGCUCUUGCUCUUUUGGGCCUUGAAAGUGUGCAUCUUUGAUCCUUUUUUUGUUCAAUCUUCGUAUUUAUCUUUUGCCUGGCAUUGGACCGCUGGUUCGUUUCUGACUUUUGGGGACUGGGGAAUCUUGUUACUUCAGUCAGAACGGUGUUGGUGUUAUACUAUACAGGACUUGGGUUUGGUUUGGCUUGGGGUACCGCACCACGGAAUAACACCCCCUCGUAUGCACGAAAAAGGCGGAUUGGGAGGUUGGCGCUGGACUGAACGAUACCGCUGCUGCUACGAAAUACUGCUUACUUAGGUACUUAGAGAUCUUAACGAGAAGCAAUACAUAGUAGUCAGAUCAUGUCAUUGCUACAAGACCUUCGCCGACGGCUGCGACACCCAAG